AUGAAAUACAAUUCACACCAGAACGAUAAUAUAUACAAUGAUAUAAUAAAAUUAAAAUAUAAUAAAAACUAUUCUAAUUAUAUCUACCAAAAUGUUCAGUCUAAUAAAUUUUUCAUAAGUAGAUUGAAAAAUACUAUGACCUUAAAUGGUCAUGGGUCACAGGUUAAUAGACUCAAAUGGAAUGAUGAUAAUCAUUUAUUGGCUUCAUGUGGAAGUGACAAAAAAGUUUUAAUAUGGGAUAUAAAUUCAUAUAAAUAUAAUCCUAAGCCAAAAUGCACAGUGAACACUAAUCAUGCAAAUAGUAUUUUUGGAUUAUCAUUUAUUGAUGAUGAUUUUGUUGUAACAGGUUCUAAGGAUGAACAAGUUCACGUUUAUAAUAUUAACAAUAAUUCAUAUAAUGUUAUUCAUAAUUGUCAUUCAGGAAGUGUAAGAAAUAUUGCUACAAUUCCAAGGGAAAAUAAAAAUAUAUUUUGGUCUUGUUCAGAUGAUGGCACUGUAAGACAAUAUGACACAAGAGAGAAGCAUAUAUGUGAACGUCCAUAUUGCCGAAAUGUUAUAAUAAAUUUGAAUAGAAUUGGAGAAAGAAAUAUUUUACGAAAAAAUCCUCAAGAAAUUUUUCACAAUAGAGUAAAAUUUCACAGUCAUUCCACGAAAAAUAUAUAUGAACUCAUAAGAGCAAUGAAUGAACAAAAGUUUUUUAAUGUGAAGUUUUCUUUAGAAGCUAGAUGCAUAGCUAUAAAUCCAAUUUUUAACAACUACAUUGGAUUAUGCUCUAACGAUAUGCUAUCGAGAGUUUAUGACAGAAGAAUGCUAGGAAAGUUUUCAUUAAACGAAAAGAUGACUUUAAGGAGUUGUAUUCCUUCAGAUACCUAUUAUCCAAAACAUCUAUGGAAUUACAUUGAUGAAGAAAGCGAUUUUAGGAUAAACCAUCAUCAUUUUUAUUGUACCGGUUUAGGUUGGUCUAAUGAUGGUAAAUAUUUAGGAGUGACAUAUAAUACAGAACAUGUAUAUUUAUAUGAUUUUUUAAAUAAAGAAGAAGAAAGAAGUUUAAAUUAUAACAUUAUAGAUAAUGAUACUAAAUUCGACUAUGACAAAAGUUUUGAUAUAUUAUUUCCACCAUAUUAUGAUAAAGAUAGGAUUAAAGACAAUUAUGAUUAUAUUAAUGAUCUAUCAUUAAUACAAGAUAUUGAAAAGUCAGCUAUAUCAGCUUAUGAUAAUAAAGAAUAUUAUAAAGCAGAAUAUUUAUAUAACAAUUGUUUAAAUUUGGCAAGAAAUAAAAAUAUUAGAAAAAUUUUAUAUUGUAAUUUAGCUAUGGUUUUAAUACAAAGAAAAGCAAGAAAUGAUGGUUAUUUAGCUGAACAAUAUGCAUUAGAAGCUUUAAAAUUAGAUCCAACUUAUUACAAAGCUGUAUAUAGAAGAAUUCAAGCAAAUCUUAUUAAUAAUAGAUUAAUUAAUGCGUACAGAAUUACAUUAGCAGCUUGUUCACAUUUUAAAGGUGUUUUAGAAUUUAUUUACUUAAGAAAAAAAAUUAGAAAAAUAUUGUAUUUUAUUUAUAAAGAUAAAAUAUAUUACUAUAAGAAGAAACAAAGUAAGUACAUUAAUUAUUUAAAAUAUCAAUAUCGUUAUCUGGAAAAAAAAAUAAAUAAUCAAAUUCGACAUAAAGAAGAAAAAGAAAACAUACAAGAUAACUAUCGUGAAAUUUUCGAUAUAAGUGAUAAUACUAUUUGUAGUUAUGAUAGUAUAUGUCAUGAUGAUAGUGGUUUUAAGGAUAAUAGUGAUUUUACGGAUAAUAGUGAUUUUACGGAUGAUAGUGGUUUUACGGAUAAUAGUGGUUUUACGAAUGACUCUUAUGGUAGAGAUUACUUAGACUGUUCAGAUAAAACUAGAAAGAUGAGAACUUUAGGAAAAAAGGAAAUAAAACAAAGAGAGAAAAAAGGGAACAUGGAAAGUAAAAAUAUGGAGAGUGUAAAUGAGGAGAGUGUAAAUGAGGAGAGUAUAAAUGAGGAGAGUGUAAAUGAGGAGAUUGUAAAUGAAGAGAGUGUAAAUGAGGAGAGUGUAAAUAUAGAGAGUACAAAUAUGGAGAGUGUAAAUAUGGAGAGCGCAAACAUAGAGAGAACAAAUAUGGAGAGUACAAAUAUGGAGAGUGUAAAUAUGGAGAGUGUAAAUAUGGAGAGUGUAAAUAUGGAGAGUGUAAAUAUGGAGAGCGCAAACAUAGAGAGCGCAAACAUAGAGAGUAUAAAUAUAGAGAGUGCAAAUAUAAUAAAUGAUAAAAGAAGAUAUAAUAAUUCCCAAAAUAGUAACCUUCUAAAUAUUGAGAAUGAUAGAAGUGAAACCCCUCUUAAAGAAAUGAAAGAAGAUAAAACGUUAGAAAAAAAAAAGGAAGAGACAAAUAUGAUGAUUAAAAAAUAUAACGAAAAUUAUGAGAGUUGUGAUGAUAAUGAUAUUUAUGAUAAGGUAGUGCGUCUAAGUGAUAUAAAAAAAAUAAGAGAAUAUGAAAAAAAGAAAAGAUUAAAAAAAGCAUCAUCAUUAAUAAGUACAAAAAAAUAUACAAAUAUAAUUGAUAUUAUUGCUUUAGAAGAAUUAUAUAGUAUGCCAAAUUCUUAUCCUUUUUUCUUAAUAUAUUAUGUAAGUUUCUGUUAUAGAAAUUCUAUAAACGCAUGGAAUGGAUGGCCAUCUUUUAAUGAUUUAUAUAAAACCUACAAUAUAUACAAUAAAAUAUUGAACGAAAAAAAACAAAAAGAUAAGAAAGGAAAAAAUAACAACAGUAUUCAAAGAAUUAAUUGUAACUACGAAUAUAUUUUAAAACACAAAGAAGCACAAAAUAUAUCUAAUUUUAAUAAAAAAUAUAAAAAGAACAUAUUAACAAAUAAUAACUCAAGAAAAUUUAUUAACAAUAAUAUGUUAAUGGAUACUUCCAAAAUAAAAGAAAUUCAUGAAUUAUCUAAACCUGAUAUAUAUGCAGAUUAUAAAGAAAUUAAAAAUAAUAAGAAAGAUGUUCUUUUGGACAAUAGUAAUGAUCAUAAUAUAGAAUAUAUUGCUCGACAUAUAGAUGAAACAGAUAUUCUGGAGAAAACUAAUAUAUAUGAUAAUAAUGAUAAUAAUAAUAAUAAUGAUAAUAAUGAUAAUAAUAAUGAUAAUAAUGAUAAUAAUAAUGAUAAUAAUACGAAUGAUAUAAUAAAAUAUAAUAAAAAUGGAAAAAACAUAUUAUCCCCCCCACAAAAAAAUACUAAUACAAACGCACACAUACAAUUUAAAGAGAACAAAGAAAAGAAAAUAAACACAUCAAAUAGUAUAUUGGAAAUUAAUAAUAGAAAUAUAGAUAUACAUGAAGAUGUAAAAAACGAUGAACAAAAGAAAAGAUAUGCCUGGCUAGAAGAAAAAUGUUUUAUAAGAAAAAAAAAAAGAAAAUAUAGGGGAAAAAAAAACACAAUGAAUAUGAAAAAUAAUGCAUAUUUAAAUAAAAGAAGAAAGAUAAAUAUUUUAAAAGAUGAUGAUAAUUAUAAUGAUAAUAAUGAUAAUAAUGAUAAUAAUAAUAAUAAUAAUAAUAAUAAUAAUUAUUGUCUUCAUAAUAAAGGUUGUAUAUCUUCUUUAUAUAAUACAUGUGAUUCUCAUGAAAGUGGUAAGGAACGGGAUAGAAAAAAAAAGUUAAAAACCGAAAUUAAUAAUAUUUUAGAAGAAUUAUAUAAAAAAAAAUUUCCCAGAAAUAAAAUGAGAAUAAAUUUAUACCACGAAGCUUAUCACUCUAUAUCAAUGCAACAAAGAAACAGAUUCAAUGGAAGUUUAUCUAACAUGAAUAUUGUUUCUUUGAGUGUUCAUGUAAAUAACCAAAUAAAUAGAUCAACUAAUGAUAUUAAUAUAAGCAAUGAAUAUGUAUAUGCAAAUAUAUUGAAUGAAAUCACUCGAGAUAUGUUUAGCUAUUGGGAUAGUAUAACUUAUUUAGAAAAUGUGUUCAGUCUUAUCACUUCAGAUAAUACCUUGAGUAUAGAUAAUUUUAAUAAUAAUAACGAGGAUGUCGAGGAAAAUAAAAUAAUUGGAAAGAUUGAAACGGUGUCCCAGGAAUUAUAUAACAAUUAUAAUAUCGAUGAUAUUCAAUUAGGUAAUUACAUAGAUACAUUAUUGGUAGACAACAAUAAUAAAAUUAAUAACAAUAUGUUAGCUUCGAGCUAUACAACUUCUAUUAGCGGUAACAAUACAUCUAAUUUAGGAAUACAUAUGAAUCAUAUUACAUCAUAUGAUGAUGGUUCUAUUAUAGUGGAUAGUCCAAUCACUAAAAAUAAUUCUCUAUAUAUUAAUAAUUUUUAUGAUCCUGUUUAUAAUUAUCCUAGAAAUAAUAUCAUUACAAAGAACAUAAACCAUUCCAGCGAUAAUAAUAUGUGCAUACUACAAAAUAACAGAACAAGUUACCACAAUUCAUCAAGCUACUACAGUGAUAUAUCUGAUUGGAAUAAUAAUCAGAUACCUAAAAAUAAAGUACCCAAAAAGGGAUAUAAACAUUAUUCUGAUGAAUCUGACGUAGGAAAUAAAAAAUAUAAUAAAGUAGAAAAACAAAAACAAAAUAAAAUAAAAAAUAAAAAAGUAAAAAAAGAAGAAGAAAGAAAAUAUAUUGAUACUGAACAAAAUAUAAGUGAUAAAGAAAAACCAUGUAAUGAUAUAAAAAAAAAGAUGUCUUCGUAUUAUAAAAAUGGAAAUGAUAUGAAAUCUUAUGAACAGUAUAGGAUGGGCAAAAAAAAGAAACAACAAAAUAAAGGCUGUUCUUAUAAAAAGGAUAACAUUAAUAAUGGUGGUAAUAAUAGUAGUAAUGAUAACAAUAAUGAUAAAAUAGGAAAUGAUGUAAAUCAUAAUAUUAUGGGAUUCUUUGAAAAAUCCUCUGGUAGGAAUGAAGACAUUUUAAAUAUGAAGAAGGAAAACGAAAAAAAAAAGGAUAAAAAUAAAAAAUCAAAUACUCUAGAAUAUUCUAAUAUGAAUAUAGAAAAUAAUAGUUCAAAAAGAAAUAUAAAGAAUAAAGAAGAAGAAAAUCAUGAUAUGCCAGGUACAUAUAAAAUAUAUUUUGACAAAUCUACUAAUAAAAAUGAUCAACAUAAAGAAUAUAUAAUACAUGAUACAGAUGAUCUAGUAUAUAAAAUCAAUAUAGACGAUAUAGAUCAAAAUGAUAUGAAUGAAAUAAUAGCUUUUAAUAAAGAAUAUUUAUUUAAUAAGGGAGAACUUUCAAAUUUUACAUAUGACCCUUAUUCAAAUAAUUUUGAGACUGAUGAAUCAGAUAGUAGUAAAUUAUCUAAAGAAAGCUAUGAAUCGAGUUCAUCUUAUGAAAAUCAGUUUUAUGAUAGUUUUUAUAAUGAUAUUCAAUACAAGGACAGAAAAAAACAUUCAAACAUUUAUGUAUUUAAGGAAAGAAAAAAAAUAAAAAAUUAUGUAGAAAAAAUUCAAGAUCCUUUAUGGGUACCCCAAGGAACGUGCAAGAGGUUUUUGGGGCAUUCUAAUACUGCAUGUGAAAUGAAUGAAAUAGCAUUUUGGAAUAAUGAUGUUAUAUUGGCUGCUUCUGAUAACGGCGAGGUUUAUUUUUGGAGUAUAAAAGAUGGAAAACUAUUAAAUGUUAUAAGGAGUCAUUCAAAUAACGUAAAUUGUGUUCAAGUACAUCCACAAGGGACAUGUUUAGCUACAUGUGGUCUUGAAAAUUAUAUAAAAAUAUGGAAACCCCAGGACACUGCUGAAUUUGUUUUUGUAAUAAAAAAUGAACAAAAUAUAUAUAUUAAAAUGAAUACCUUAGACAAAAAUGUUGAAAAAAUGUUGUCUAAAAACCAAAAACAUAUAGAAUCGUCAUACACGCAGUACUAUAAUUAUAUUAAUUUUUCACCCGUUCUUAAAAAAGCAAAGAAAUAUAUGAAUUAUAUUUACAGAAAUUAA